GGAGGGCUGCCUCUGGAGAGGACAGGGUUGCCGGGCGGACAGCGGGAACGCGCUCCGGGGGGUGGGGACGCGCGAGCUCACCACUCCUCAAUGACAAAUCGACUGGGGACAGCUGGGGUCCGGCCCCAGGACGGGGCGGGGCGCUCGUGAGAGCGGCGAUUCUGGUUGUGCGCAUAGCCAGAGCGGCGGUGGGACGGCUCCCCCAGCUCCUCACCUGGGCCACCUGUCCGUGUGUCACCACCUCCGACCAGCAGGAUGGCUGCCAACAAGGGCAAGAGCCAGGGCUCCCUGGUACUUCACAAGGUCAUCAUGGUUGGCAGUGGAGGGGUCGGCAAAUCAGCCCUGACGCUUCAGUUCAUGUAUGAUGAGUUUGUAGAAGACUAUGAGCCCACCAAAGCUGACAGUUACAGAAAGAAGGUGGUUCUCGACGGAGAAGAGGUCCAGAUAGACAUCCUGGACACCGCUGGCCAGGAGGACUAUGCGGCCAUCCGUGACAACUACUUCCGAAGCGGAGAAGGCUUUCUGCUGGUGUUCUCCAUCACAGAGCACGAGUCUUUCACAGCCACAGCCGAGUUCAGGGAACAGAUUCUCCGAGUCAAGUCAGAGGAGGACAAGAUCCCACUGCUGGUCGUGGGCAACAAGUCCGACCUGGAGGAGCGGAGGCAGGUGCCUGUGGACGAGGCCCGAGGCAAAGCGGAGGAGUGGGGUGUGCAGUACGUGGAGACAUCUGCAAAGACCCGCGCCAAUGUGGACAAGGUAUUCUUUGAUCUGAUGAGAGAAAUCCGGGCAAAAAAGAUGUCAGAAAACAAGGACAAGAACGGCAGGAAAAGCAGCAAGAGCAAGAAAAGUUUCAAAGAGCGAUGCUGCUUGCUGUGAGCGGGCUGCAGACUGACGCAGCAGAGUGGGCCACACUGCAGCGCAGCGAGCCGGAGGUGGCCUCCCAGCUGGCUCCCCAUUCGCUCUCCACAACUGCAUUCACUAUCACUUCUUGAGAUGGGACAGAUAUCCGUGCGUCAGUGGCUGGCAGAAGAAAGACGCCUUUGUCUGUGUAAUGCCUCUGUUAACUUUGCCAGGAGCUUUGAGAGUCUGCCCUCUCCCACCCUUCCUGAACCAUGACCACCACCAGCUCUAGGGUCGUAAUGUUGGAGAUCAGGAAUAUUGGUUGUGAUGACAAGAAAGAGCCCACUUACUCCUCCUCGUUCUAGGACACGGUCAUCUUUCCUUAGGAAAUUAAAAUGCUUCAUAUUAUCUGGGCAUGGUGGUGCACCCCUGUAGUCUCAGAACUCUAGAAGGUAAGGCAGGGAGGGUAGCCUGAGCCCAAGGCCAGCCUGGGCUACCUAACAAGACCCUGUCUCUAAAAGAAAAAAGAAUUAACAUCUUAUUUUCUUAGAUUUUAAGAGAGAGUCUCUGGCAAGACCCCCCUCAUCAGUUCUAAUCAUUUUAGAAGUAGACAGAAAAAAAUAUCUAAGCUCAGGUAAUACUGAAAAAGCCAAAAUGUUUUGUUUCGUUUCUUUUUUUUUUUUUUUUUUAAAGAUAAACUUGUGUAGUUUGGAAGCAGAUUUAGAAAGAUGAACUUCACUUGGGCCAGAUAGGCUGAACCAAGCUUCCUGGCGUUUGUAGAGAAAGUGGGACGCUGUUCUCUUCAUAUUUAAAUGCCAGCCAGGUGCUGGCUGUGGGCUUUCCCUCCUCAACACCCUUAUUUAGAAAGGAAACUGUGUGGGGGGAGAUGCAGGCCUGAGCCCCAUAGCGAGCUUGCCUUUUCUGACUGGGUCUUCUGGUCCCCCCUACACCAGCCAUAGGCCUGUUCUUUUUCUUCCUUCUGAAAACUGUGACCAGUUCAAAUUAUGACUCAGAACGUAGGGCCAGCACCAGCUACCUCUGCAGACUCCCAGUGACUCUCUCUUCACAAGCAGAUGAAGGGAAGGCUCAGAAGGGCAUCUCCUGUAGCUCCUGGCAGCUGGUUCUGGUGGCACUGAGAUGAGUGCCACCAGAGGCUCACACUCACUCUCUGUUGAGCUUCUUCCCAGGGAAGGGGAUUCUGGGACAGGGGGCUGCCACUAAGCACACACACUCCUCCUAUUUUCCAGAAGUGAACAUUUCAUGUUUAGGUGCCGAAUGUGAAUCUGGGUGGGGAGAGCGGGAGCCCUUCGAAUGGAUUUUUUUUUUCUUUUUUUACAGAGGUUAUGGGAACUAAGGUCUGAUCCCUGGAAACUGAUCUUGUGUCACUUCCAAAGAAUCAUGGGCUUUUUCGAAUAAAAAAAUUUACACUUUUCAGGA